UUCAACUGUGACGUCCACCAGCGAGGUCCGAGCCCUCAUGCUGAACAAUCCAUCUCUUUCCUACACUAUUCUUGACACUAGCCAAUCGCUAGGAUUGAGCCCGACCUUCUCCUCCGCUCUAGUACCCACACCCAUGACUGUCCCCAGCUGGGAACUUCUAUCUGACUUCGAAUUAAAGCGCAGUUAACGUUUGUGACCAGUUUUUCAAGGCAACUUUCAAGCACCCGAACUUAUUCCCAACGAAUGGGGGACAUACUCAAGGCACCAAUUCCUGACCUUCUCAACGCCGGGGUUGUUCAGUUGCAGGCGGGUCUCGAUGGUGGCCUCUUUACAAGCUUGGAACUUGUACGGAUGAAGUCAAUACCAAAGGCCCAUCUCUGCGAGCCGUGCUUGAGGUUAAUCCGAAGGCUACCAAGAUUGCCGAAGCAUGCGACGAAGAGAGGAAAACGAAAGGAAAACGAAGCCUCCUACAUGGCAUCCCUGUACUCUUGAAGGAUAACAUUGCUACAAUUUCCUCUGAAGGUGGUUUGCACUGCCGAGAGCAUCACGCUUCAGAAUUCUAACUCCUCACAGGAAUGAAUACUACCGCCGGAUCGUACGCACUCCUUGAUUCUGUUGUUCCCGAUGACGCUGGGAUCGUCAAACGCCUUCGCGAUGCAGGGGCAAUAAUUCUCGGAAAAACAAACAUGUCAGAACUUGCGCAUUUCCGGGGAAACGUCCCUUGUGGAUGGUCAGCGAGAGGAGGUCAAUGCACCAGUGCCUAUCAUCCACAAGGUGAUCCCUGUGGUUCAUCAUCAGGUUCUGGCGUCGCCACCUCUAUCGGACUAGCGACAGUAACGAUAGGCACAGAGACCGACGGAAGCAUUUGUUUCCCCUCCAGUAACAACAAUGUUGUGGGAAUCAAACCCACUGUAGGUUUGACUUCCCGUGCAGGAGUCAUUCCCAUCCCCUCAUCCCAAGACACGGUGGGUCCAAUGACCCGAACUGUUGAAGAUGCAGCAAUCACUCUAUCAAUCAUAGCAGGGGAGGACGAAAACGACAAUCGUUCACUCGCUCAGCCACGUCCUGUCCCGAAUUAUACCCAGGCCCUCAAGCGAAAUGCUCUUCAAGGCAAACGUAUCGGUGUCCCUCGGAUGAACAUUACGCGUGGUCAUUACGUGCAUGAUCCUUACUUAUGGGUCUCAUUCAAUGAAGCAUUGAGGACCAUUGAAGAUCUUGGAGCAACAGUUGUCGAUCCAGCCGAUCUCCCAUCUGCUGAAGAGAUAGGAUCAGGGGAGAAUAUCAUCUUGAAAAUUGACUUCAAGAUUGAGUUCAACCGGUACCUUGAGUGGCUCGAAGACGUGCCGACAGGCGUCCGCACUCUCACUGACUUGAUCAAAUUCAACAACGAACACAAAGACUUGGAGCUUCCAGAGCACUAUGACGAUCAAUCCAGGCUCAUUGCCAGCGAUGCUUCCUCCGGACGAGGCCCGGAGUGGGCGAAGGCCCUGGCUCUGAACAUGGAACAAGGGGCUACGAGAGGAAUUGAUGCCGUGAUGAAGGAACACAACCUGGAUGCUCUCGUGCUUCCAGCGUGUGACACCUCCACACCAGCGGCUUUGGCUGGCUAUCCUAUAAUCACAGUACCGCUGGACUUUUAUCCGGACGACACUACAAUAACGAAGUCAGGACCUAAAACGGUUUACCCUGCACCCGGACUACCUUUUGGACUGAACUUCGUGGGGACAGCAUUCUCUGAGUAUGACCUUAUUGGAUUCGCCUACGCUUUUGAGCAAAAGACGAAAGCAAGACUGAGAAGGACACCGUUCCCUGGUGCCAUUCCGAAAACCCAACUCAAGGACAUUCCCAGGAUGAACACUGACAAGACAUGACCUUUCACUUCAUUUGACACCGUUACUCAUAAAUCUCUGUUGUUUAUCCAGAUAGCUACGAAAGUCAAUGAGAACUAUGUACAAACAAUGAGAUCCUAUGAUCUGAAUAGUUAAACAUAUUAAAGUUUCGCCCGCAUCUCACCAUCCUUAUUCAUCCCUUCCUCUCUCAACUUUUUCGCUCGGAGAGCGCGUCCUGCCCGGCUGUUACUCUCCCUACCCAGCUUUGCAUUGAUCCACCAUCCAGCCUCUACUAAUUUAUCUAAAUCGAGAGUGCCAUUGCCGUAUUCUGAACCAGAAAUGCUGUACUGGGAACCACGCAGAGCAUAGACGACGUCUUCUGUCGCAACAUUCCCUGUAGCCCCUGGUGAGUAUGGACAGCCGCCUAAGCCACCCACGGCAGAGUCAAUUGUGCGGACGCCAUGAGAAAGUGCAGUGAAAACGUUGGCAAUUGCCGUUCCGUAGGUGUCAUGAAACUGUACUGCCAGCUUUUCAACGGGAAUAUCCUUCUUAACUUCCUCCAACAUUGUAGACACCUGUGCAGGUGUACCCAUACCCACCGUGUCUCCAAGACUGACUUCGUAACAUCCCAUCUCUAUCAACUCCUUCGCCACCUCUCUUACCUUCUCAGGGCUCACCGCGCCAGUGUAAGGGCAAGCGAUAGCCACGCUGACGU